GUCUCAUUCCAACCCUCAGGCAGCCCCAAGGCUCCACGCUCGCGUGCAUGGCUGCCCAGCCCGGGCCAGCUCCACACUUCACCGGCCCUUCCUGCCAGCCACUGCUCCCUGUUUGUGCUGAGGGAGCCGCAGACCCACGUCAGGGAUCGCCUUCCAUUUCAGGUUCCAGUCAGACAAGGGAGAGGGCGCAAUGAAGACUGAAGGGGGAAGGCACUGGCUCGGGCCCAGAGCCCAACUCGGGGCUGCUCACACGGCCUGUGCUCCAGCACACGUGCCCCGGGGAGCUGGAAUGUUGGGGAAGUGAGGUUUAACUGCCAUCACAGCCCUCCUCAUUCACCCGUGUGGCCUGGGAGGCGCAGGUGGCAGCAUGGCACCAGAGGAGAGCACUUGCCAAAGUUUAGGAUCGGCUAAUUUGCACCUCUUCUCGUAAAGCCAGUUCCCUACCUGGGCAUCCCCUGCUAACUCCCACCCUGACCCUCUCUCAUGAGCAGCCGCAGAAAGGAGAGGAAAUCCCUCGGCUCUAAAAUGGCAUCCGGAGAAGCUAAGACAAGCCUCAAGAAUGCCUACCCGACUGCCAAGAAGCUGUUCCCCAAGGCAGAAGAGGACGAGGCGGAAGCCGACUACUGCACCCCCGGGGCCUUCGAGCUGGAGCGGCUCUUCUGGAAGGGCAGUCCCCAGUACACCCACGUCAACGAGGUCUGGCCCCAGCUCUACAUCGGCGACGAGGCGACGGCGCUGGACCGCUACGGACUGCAGAAGGCGGGCUUCACGCACGUGCUGAACGCCGCCCACGGCCGCUGGAACGUGGACACCGGGCCCGACUACUACCGCGACAUGACCAUCGAGUAUCACGGCGUGGAGGCCGACGACCUGCCGACCUUCGACCUCAGUGUCUUCUUCUACUCGGCAGCCGCCUUCAUCGACUCUGCGCUCCGCGACGACCACAAUAAGAUCCUGGUUCACUGCGCCAUGGGCCGCAGCCGCUCGGCCACCCUGGUCCUGGCCUACCUGAUGAUCCACAGGAACAUGACCCUGGUGGACGCCAUCCAACAAGUGGCCAAGAACCGCUGUGUCCUCCCCAACCGGGGCUUCCUGAAGCAGCUCCGAGAACUGGACAGGCAGCUGGUGCAGCAGAGGCGACAGGCCCAGCGCGGCGACGGCGACGGGCGAGUGCGUGGAUCAAACGGAAGGACUGCUUUUGAAAACUCUUUGAGACAACAUUGUGAGUCAUUAUUUCCGAAGCAGAAGGUCGGCCAGAGGGGCCAGUUCCUGCACAGCUGGGGAGGCACCACCUGAGCUAUGAAAACACAAGGCUGACCCCAACUUAGGACCACUCUGAAAGCUAGUAGAAGAAUACAUUACUGGUUUUAGAAGACGUGCCUGUUAAUGAAUCUAACCCAACAGGACUCUACUGCGGUUCUGACGAGCCUAUUCGUUUCCCAGGACGCUAGAGGUCACGUGCAGGUCUGACUUCUCCAGUGAGAGCCUGCGUGAGGGGUGUGCAGCUGCUGAAGCUCUUAGAUCUGUAGUUUCUCCACUCUGCUAAGCCCUUCUGUCCCAUCAAGCAAUAUUAGCACGUGGGGCCUACAGAGGAGCACCAAACCUGGGCACACUGCAGCCCCUUUGGGACCUGAGACUCGAGGUAUCCCCAGUGCUGUUCUUAAGAUUCUGGUCUGGUGGGUUUAAGGCAGAGUGACCGUGAGGCAGGCCGCAGCAGGGGCCAUCAGACACCCCACAAACCCAAGGCCACUGUUAAAGACAACAGGGAGGAGAAUCAUGACCCCCAAAGACAAAAACAACUGAAUACCUGCAUCUCAAGCUGGGGGCUGUGGAGGCCCUGUGUGGUCUCUCCAGCGCAGACCAGACGGCUGCCAGCCUCCACCCUGCCACCAGGGCUGCACAGCCUCUUGCCUAUGCAGCCUGCUGGGGCACCCAGGUCCCGAGCCACUCCUGACCUGAAGCAGUACACCAUCACUCCCCACUGAGGACGGACUGUGCUUUCCUUUCCUACGGGCACAGGGCCUUAAAGGUUCUUUGCAGUACAGGCCCUUGUAGAAGUGUCUUCUUGGAAGCCUGCCCUUAGCCACUACAGGGACUAAAAGGCAAAACAAAACAACUCAGUGCACUUCCUUCUAAACCCAAACGGUGAGAGAAAGUAACGGUAGGGAUGAGACCAAACUCCUGCUCAUCUGCCCUCGCUCUGCAUGGCGUCUCUGACUCUCACCGGUGUGCAAGCACCAACUAUCUGUCUUCAGAAUUCGGACCCACUUUGAAGUCUAUGGUGUGUGUUAAACCAAGAACGGAAAAGCCAUCUUGUCUUCCUCCAAGAGGUAUAGAAGUGGUGACCUGUUUAACAAGAGAGGUGGAGCAGCCACGUGGAGGCGUGGAGAGCUCAGCAGGCCGAUUUCAUGUGGGUGCCACGUUAGGCAUUUGCUCCUAGGCUUGUUGCUUGAGUAAUCAAAUGCCUUCACACUCAGACAGAACUCUCUGGAGGCCAGAGUAUUUGUGAACACUCAUUUUUUUGCCUUGUUUAAACUUUAGAUGCUAAAGAAAACAUACAAUCAAUCAUUCACAACAAAGCAAAACUUUCAUACCUUUUAAGAAAGUGAUUUUUCAAAUGUAGCAUCCCAAAUUGGGUGCUUUAUUUUUUGGUAUUCAUCUUUAUAAAAAUGAAGUUUGCUACCACGGUACUAGACUCUGGGGUGUUUAUACAAACUAUGCAAAUGAGGGAAAUGGGUAUUUGUGCGGGAUCUCUUUGGAAAUGAAGAUCAAAGUCAAAAAGAAAAAAAACAAAUUCACUUUAUUUUAAAGACAAUGAUUGGCAUACAGAAGGUAUGCACUAGCAUAAAAUAAACUUUCAUGAAAAGCAUUAAAAUCCAUUAUAAAUUAAUUUAUU